CAUGAGGGCAGCAUUAUGAACUCAACUCUUUCCUCUUGUCCCACCUUCUCCGAAAACAUGGCUGCUCCCAUGGCUCUCAGACGAGAAUUAUGUUCUUUGGCAAGGAUAUUAAGUGGAAUCUCCCAUUUGGCACCGAGAGCUCUGGGAGUCUGUUCUGGGCACAAUACAUGUAACAUAACCAGGUCCCGUCUCCCAUCGACAUCCAGCACUUCCUUCCACACAGCGACAGUGUUUUCAUCAACACCUUCAUCAAUCACGGUCACAGAGGAGCCUGACACGCUGUUUCAGAAGGUGUCAGUGAUGGUCAAAGGUCACGACAGGGCCGUGUUGGACAGCUAUGAGUUCUUUGCUAAGAUGGCAGCUCAAGAGUUGGGCAUCACCAUCGACAAAAUUUACGAACCUCCCAAGGACGUCGAGAGAUUGACGGUCCUGAAGUCAGUUCACAUCUUCAAAAAACACAGGGUCCAGUAUGAGAUGAGGACACACUACCGGUGCUUUGAGCUGUCUCAUAUGACAGGCUGCACGACACAAGUAUACCUUGAAUACAUCCAGAGAAACCUCCCUGAAGGUGUAGCCAUGGAGGUGUCAAAGACUGCCAUAGAGAAAGUUCCAGAUCACAUCCAUGAACCCAUGUGGAAGGACCAUCCCAUUGAUGACAAGCCCGGCCAGUGAAUUAUGUUGGAUAAAUGAGAAAAACUGCACAUAUCUUAACAUGUGUUUCUUGUGGACUAGAUUUUAUGGUUGAACAGCACAACAAAAUCCAGGUAUAGUUGUAUGUUUCAUUGUCUGUGUGGAAUCAGCUGUAUGUUGUAUUUCUUUUUUCAAUUAAUAAAUUCUGCAUUUAAUUAACCUUAA